AUGGCGUAUCACCGAGCUCGAGGACAUAGUGUAUCAGUGCCGCCACAUGGGAAUCAUUGCUGCUUGGCCCCUCCGAGUCUCGAAUUCCUCCACGUAACUAUCAUAGACUCAGACACCAUCCGGGGAUUGCAAUAUGUCUUAAAUAUUGCAGUCCCCGAUGUGAGAAUGUGGUCUUUGACAUGGAUGUACUCAAGGCAAGACGCGUCUUCGACAGGCCUUCUCAUUGACACAGAGAGAGUAUAUACCGAAGUCAAUAAUGAUAUCCUCGGUCGCUACGGCAAGAUCAUGACAUGGGACAUCAAGGCACAGCUCAUGGGAAAACCACGAAUUGAAUCUGCGACACACCUGCUCUCUUUGUUUCCCGGCAUCGAUCUUACAAUCGACCGGUACCUCACAGAGUCCCAAGAAAAGCAAGAUGCGAAGUGGUCAACUGUCCAGCUCCUUCCGGGAGUACAGAAGUUAAUUCAGCACCUGGUGAAAUACAACGUUCCAAUCAUAGUCGCCACUGCUUCCUUACGACGGAACUUUGUCCGCAAGUCUGAGAAUCUCAAAGAAUUAUUUGACUACUUUCAAGACAACAUCGUCUGCGCUGAUGAUGUAGCAGGCAAGACUAUGGGGAAGCCUGACCCGUAUAUCUUCUUGUAUGCUGCAAGUGUUCUAGGCAAGGCAGUGGGCGCUACAGAGCAGUGCACAGAGGCUGAGACUGUGGAAAGGGGCAAAGGACUCGUUUUUGAAGAGGCCGUUUACGGUGUCCAAGCGGGGAAAAGAGCCGGAAUGUCAGUUGUCUGGGUACCUGACGAACGCCUUUUGGACGUUGCCAGUCCCAGCCCAUACGUCCCAGAUGAGACGCUUACGUCCAUCGAGCAUUUCAAGCCUGAGAAGUGGGGCCUCCCACCUUACGACACCAAAUGA